AUGGAGGAUACUGAGCGACGACCAAAGCGAUCUCGUUUCGACCAGACGGAGCCUGAGCCCAAACGAGCAUCUAGAUUCGACAGGCGCUCCCGAUCUCCGCCUACGCGCCGCCACGAAGGCAGAGACCGCAGUCCGCUGCCCAAGGAUGAUUCUUCCGAGACAAAGAAACCUGCAGUAGAUGCUGCUGCCGCCGCUGCCGCCGCCGCUGCCAAGAUCAAUGCUCAGCUGCAGGCGCGAAAGGCUCCCCAGCAUGUGGAUGUCCCCCCGAUCAGGUCUUCGGGCGAGCAAUCCGACAAGCCAGGCGACAAUGAGAUGAAGCCCGAUAUGUAUGUUGCCGAGGGCGACUUCAUUCAAGACAUCGAAGUCAACGACCUGCGAAAUCGAUACCUGUUGACCAAGGGCUCUACUCAAGAAAUGAUUCGAAACGAUACUGGCGCUGAUGUCACCACCCGUGGUAGCUAUUACCCAAACAAGAGCAUGGCAACUGCAGCGAACCCUCCUUUAUAUCUUCACAUCACCAGUACUACCAAGGCUGGUCUUGAAUCCGCUGUGGAAAAAAUCAACGAUCUCAUUAAGCAGGAGCUUCCCCAGCUUGUCGAUGAACGAAGAUUCCGACGCAGAGACCAGGAGGAGCGGCCGCAAGUUGAACGAGAUGAAUUUGGACGACGCAAAUGGCCCGAUGAGAAGAUCCCUAUUACUCUUGAGCCAAUUCCAGGGUUCAACCUACGUGCUCAAGUAGUUGGCCAUGGCGGUGCCUACGUAAAACACAUUCAACAAGAAACCGGCUGUCGAGUUCAAAUUAAGGGCCGAGGCUCAGGCUAUUUGGAGGCUGCCACAAACUGCGAAAGCGACGAGGACAUGUUUCUUCAUGUCACAGGACCUGACCCCAAUAUGGUCGCCAAAGCCAAGGAGCUCUGCGAAGACUUGAUUGCCAACGUCAAGGAGCAGUACGAGGAAUUCAAAGCUCGACCGCCUCGCUAUAACAAUGAUCGUGGCGGUUAUGGCGACCACCAUCACCAUAGGGGGUCCCACGACCGGUCGCAUGGCGGAUCUCACCACAACUCGUACAAUUCGUAUAACAGAUACAACUCCGAUUCUGGUGCCUCCAACAGCCCCGCUCCAGCAGCCAGCAACCAGCAGAGCGCAACCGACUAUGCUGCUCAAUAUGCUCAAUACUAUAAUGGAGCCGAUCCCUAUGCCGCAUAUGGAGGAUACGCUAACUAUGUCGCCUUGUAUCAACAGUACUAUGGAGGUCAGACCCAAGCACCAGGUCAGAGCUCACAUGCAGCAGCCCCAGGUCAAUCCGCCUCUCCUCCGCCGCCUCCGCCUCCUGCCGAAGCAGCUCCUCCUCCACCACCGCCUCCAAGCUCUGCACCACCGCCUCCGCCACCAUCCGGACCACCGCCUCCUGGUGGAAGCUUUAGUGCUGUUCCGCCUCCUCCAGGGCUUUAA